AUGAUGGCUGUUGAGCAGCGCGUGCCCCCGGAGGCCGAGAUCUUCGCCGGCCUGAACAACAUCAUCGCCCGAAGCACCUCGCCCAAGCAGAAGAGCUAUGAGAACCUGAAGAAGCAAGACGCCUCUGCAGCAAAGGCCCAGCAGGUGUCUGCAAAGCCCAAGUAUCAGCUGUGGCCCAGUCUCAAGAAGUCGGUCUCCAGCAGCACGGGGCGGACCACUCCGGAGUCUGACAAGGAAAAGAAAGUGAAAACGCUGGGACGUUCUCACAAAAUCAGCGUCCCAGAUCUGGGACAGCUCUCGACCAUACAAGAGAAAAAUCUUGAUUCCCCCACCAUCCCUGGCCAGUACCCUAUCCAUGAGAGGUCAAACAGUGCCCCCAGUGCGUGCGCCGGAAGCACGACCCGGGCUCAAGCACCUGCAUCCUUUGGUGACCUGUCCAAUUCGGCGGAGAAGAAUUCUUCCCCAUCCCGGAAGAAUGAAGCCAACAAAACCACCACCACCCGGGCGUUUGCUGGUCAACCCCCACAGAGCGAUAGGCACCAACCUUUGAGACGGACCAAUUCCGCUGAACCCCCGGAAGUUCCACCUAAAUCUCCCCGUUUGGUUGUGAGGAUCCCCAAUUCCCAAGCUGCCUCGCCGGGAGGUGAUCUCUCCAACGACAAGUCCAUGGAAGAAGGAUUUUGGAAAAGCUCUCCCAACCUGCCAUCCCAGCUGUCUGGUUCGUCGGCCUCUACUACUCCUGUCAGUGCAGGAAGCACCUGCACACCUCCCACAUCCGCCUCCAGCAGCUCAGGGCAGCAAUUCCCCAAGAGACCACGGAUAGAUGAGGCCAACCAUUCUUUCCUCUUCCAGCUAGGAUCCGAGAUGUCGGCCUUGGGAAUCAACAGUCACCGCAGAGGAAUCUCUCAUGACUCCGUUCUCAAGGUGGGACAUCGUUCGCCAUCGAAGAAACAUGUAGCCCUCCGGGUGUGCACGAAUGACCAUGAGAUGGCGAAGAAGCUCCCAGGAGUGCCCAUUGCGACUUUUCCACUGGGCCUCUCAGUGGAAAAGGCACCCAAGGUGCUCUCUCGCAACGAAAUCGAGUCCCUGCAAAAACAGGCCCAGAGUCAAGCCCAGAAGUUCGAGGUGCUCAACCGCUGUGAUGUGAAAUCGCUCUCAAGGGAACUGCGUGCUCUACAGAAGCGUUGCGACUACCUCAGAGAGACGUACAACUCUCUUCGAGCUGGCCGACACAGCCUGCAUCAGCGGAUGAUCUCAUACCUCAAGUCUCCCCGGGUGUCGAAGUUCUCGCGUGAAGGGAUCCUCAAGCAGGAGGAGGCGUUAUUCGAGCUCGACAGAUCGAUCGACGAGUGGUACUCCAAACUGGAGCACGCAGAGCAGCGCCGCGCCCUGUUGCGCCAGAAGCUUCUCGAGCACCUAGCUGCGACCCUAGUGCUUCGAGAACCACAGCCAGAUCUCUGGGCCCUUGGUGGUGGUGGUGGUGGCGAGAUGCACCCUGAGUUUCUGCGCAGGCCCCACAACCACACCCGGGCAACGCGACAGGAUGUGGAGUCCAUCAAGAUAUACGCGGAUGCCGAGAUACAAGCGCUGUUUGCGAAUAUCGAGAAAGAUAUGGAGAGGAUGGCUAAGUUUAACAGCCCCCCUCCCCCGCAGCUACCUGCCGUCGCCUUCUCACCGGAAGCCCGGUGA